GAGCUCUCCAAAGCCACCACGCUCCUCACCACCGGCGCCGACCCAUCCACUCUACACCGCAGCUCCGGGAAUCUCACCGCCGCCGCCUUGUGGACGCACACAGAAGUACAAUCCCUCACCGUCGCCCACCGAUUAACCGAAGACAUCCAAGGCAGCUGCAACAUCUGCCAUUUGAACUCGGCCAUGUUCACCAAAGGCAGCAACAAAGUCAAAGCCCUUUUAGCCCACGGCGCAGAUCCCAAUCAACAAGGCGGUCUCUGCGGCUGGCCCAUCUGCAGUGCAAGUUGGAUGUGCAAAUCCGACAUUGUAUCCAUCCUCUUACAACAACAACCACACCACCAACAACCACAACAACAACAACCCCCCAAUUCCACACCCCAUCACAACCCCUCCAACCCCAACCAACGCGACAACACCUACGGCAGCCCCCUCGGAAUCGCCGCCUACCAAUCCGGCUACCCCGGUUCCAUCGCCGUCGUCCGCGUCCUUCUCUCGCACGGGGCCAACCCAUUUCUAUCAGGCAAAGAAGGUCGACCUUUGGAAAUUGUACGAGCUCGAGUGGCGUUUUGG